GACUAACGUAAAAACAAAAACAUCUCCAUUAUUCUUCCAAAAUCAAGAUUUCAAGAAUUGCAUGGACCACCACCACCCCCCUCUAUCUCAACCCGUGGAUCCACCGCCGGAGCCAACCUCCGACACCAUGGCUACGGAAAUCCCACCGGAAUCUUCAGUCUCCGGCGGCGUUAUGAAGAAUAAACCGAAGAAGAAGAAAAAGAAGAAUAAAUCGUGCGACAAUGAUCUUUUUGACCCUCAAUCUUCUUCCGCUGCCUCCUAUGCCCCAUCGUCUUGUUCUACGACGUCGUUUUCUCAAAGGGGUAUUAGGGUUUCGGCAAGUCGUCGGAACCCUAGAGUGGUAAUUGGGGCCGGCAGGCAGAAAAGUGAUGAGAAUGUUGAAGCCCUUGCUCUCCCUCUUGGCAUGUCUAUUGCUGCUGUUCUUGCUCAGGUUUUGGAAAGGAAAGAUGCGGCUGGAGAAAAGAUAUCGGUGGAUCACCUCUCAGAGAUUUGUACUUUAGCUGUCCGAGAGUCUUUGGCCAAUGUCUUCGGUGACCAGUUUGAGUCUUUCGUGAGGAACUUUGAGAAAUCAUUUCGUAGUACCCUGAUGACUCUCAGAUUAAUCAAUGAAUCCUCUAUGAAUAAUGGAGAACAGAAAAAUUGUUGUGCAGCGAAGACUUCUGUCUCAGAAAGAUCUGUGCCUUUGAUUUCCAACAGACUAGAAAAUCUUACAUGUGAUCCUGACUUCAGCGAGUUUCAAUCGGAGUCAUGUCAGCAGAGUGCCAUAUCAGAUAACGAACUGAGUAAUCAAGAAGAAAGAAGUGAUGGUACAUGUCUUGAAUCGAUAGGUCGGCAGCUUACCCUCUAUGAUAGGCAAGGAAGGCAGCAAUUGGCUUCUGUUUCUUCAAGCAUGAUUUCAUCCAGUACAGAAAUUAAUCGAUCUGUGAGUAGCACUUUGGAAAGAUCUGUCAUGGAGCAAGCUAGGUCGAAUGACCUCAAGACAUUUGAGAUUGGUCUUACAAUGAGGAAAUUGCAACUUAAAGAAAGGCAGCUGGCUCUCAGUUCUGAUGCGAACCUUUUGGAGAGGGUCAAACUUUCUUUUGGUUUCUCUAAGACGUCCUUCAAAGCCGAAAAGUUUAAAAAUCAAGUAGAAGACUCAAAACAUACUGAGAUGCUUAAAACAUGUUUAGACUGCCUUGUUGCUGGUUUAUUUAUCAUGCUGGUGUGUCUUGGAUACGGAACUUAUGUUUUCUCUCACAAAAGAAUAACUGAAGCUACAGCAUCCUGCACACCUGUCAUGGAGUACAAGUCGUCCUGGUGGAUGCCCAAAUCAAUGUCAACUUUCAAUUCAGGACUGCAAUUCUUGCGGUGUCAGGUUCAAGUUCUCAGUCGUAUGCUAUUUGGUGCUAUCCUGAUAUUGGCUAUAGCCUAUUUACUUCUCCAACGCUCAGCAACUUCAAACCAGACGAUGCCAGUUACUUUCAUUCUGUUGCUGUUGGGAGUUGGCUGCGGUUUUGCAGGGAAGUUUUGUAUCGACACCCUGGGGGGCAGCGGAUAUCAUUGGUUAAUUUAUUGGGAGACUUUGUGCUUGCUGCAUUUCUUUUCGAAUGUCUGUAUCUCAACUUUGUUACUGAUCCUUAAUGGGCCUGUCACGGUGUCAGAAAAGAGCACGAGGGAUACAAGAUUUCCAUACUGGAUGAGGAGAUCUGUGUUCUAUACCACAUUACUUCUUUUCCUCCCGUUGUUAUGUGGUCUGAUGCCUUUUGCUGGCCCUGGUGAGUGGAAGGAUCACUUUUCUUCACUGGUUCUGGACGCUUUUAUAACUCCAGUUGAAUACUAAAGUCUAAAAGGGAGAGAUUUCAGGCUUUAGCCCUAUUGGAUGUGAACCACUGUUUGAUGAGUGCCUGUCGAGGAAUUUUAGCCUAGAGUAUUAGGCGCAAGGGUUUAUUAAUUUCUAUAUCAGUAGGAGCUUGCGCUUGCUGGUGAUUAUGCCCUAUUGGAUGAAACACUGUUUUGGUCUUCGCCCUGUCAAGGAACUUUAGCUUUGUAUCGUUAAUUAGUAGAAGACGUGCGUUAAGUGUCAGGCUUAAGGGUGAUUGAUUAGGUUUAUUAUUUUUGCAUGUAAAUUUAUUUGUAUCAUUAGAGGCUAGCUAAAAGCGCAAGAUUAGUUUUCCAUUUCCUUUAUUUUUGGUUUAUAUUAUAAUUGGGAGAAAGCAGGUUGAGUCUUGUAACAUCAUCUUUGUGAAAAUGCAAGAUACACUAGUACCAAACAGCAUCUUGUAGUAUUUUCUUUCUUUUUUAUUUAAAUUAAAGAAAUAUUGGCUUGUAGAUU